UAUCUUGGAAAUGGUCCCUUUGUGAGUAUUCUCACUUAUUUCACUUUAUUUAAUUGUUUUCACUAAUUUCUUAUUACUACACUUAUACAAUUGAAGGGGCCAGGGGAAGAACAUUAUAACUCCAAUUUUUUUCAAUUUUCAGUUUAUAAGUGAUUUAGGUUGGUAGAAUUGAGUUCUACAAGAUGACAAAAUACUGUGGGGAACAACAUGAUAACUCCAGAGAUAUUUACGAACAAAAUAAUCAGUUCCAGGGGAAUAACUCGAUAAGUGCCAGUCGCUCAGGGAAAUAACUUGAUAACUCCAUAGUUCAUGCGUUGGCCACCAGCAGCAGUAGUGUAUUAUUGUUUAUACUCAUAACGACAGAAGGUUAUGUUUUGCUGUUAUUAAGUUAGUGUUGUGUCUUUUCAGUUUUAUUAACAUUAACUAGUGUCUAAUUAGGCCAAAGUUAAGUUUAUAGUUUAAGCCUACAAUGGAAAGUGCGUCCUCAGAAGAAGAGAUUGAGUGCAAACCACCGUCAGCAAGGAAGAGGCCUAAACACGGGCGAUUAAAGGAGGUUAGUAAAAAGAUUAAUUUACAGAGCAGAGAGGCAGGUGAACCUUGUAAAUGUAAAGACAAAUGUUUUGAAGCUAUUACUGAACGUCAUGAUGAAGUGAAUCUCUAUUUGACAGGAUUAGUGACGAUUUUACCUGUUCAGCGUCACCGGGUGAAAAAUGAGUUAGAUGCCAAAUUUAAAGACGCUACUUACUAUUAUGCAGUACGAGUAAUGAGAAAUAACACUGCUCAAGAAUUUAAAGUGUGUAAAAACGCAUUCAUAUCUAUACAUGGAAUUUCUCGAGGCAAGAUUGACUAUAUUCUGAAUCAAAUGAAGAAAACAGGAACUCCACCUAAGUAUAAUAAAGGUAAACAUGAAAAUAGGCCACACAAACUUUCAGAUGAGACUCUUGACGCUAUACGCAGCCACAUAAAAUCUUUCAAAAGCCGUGAAAGCCACUAUAGUCAAAAGGAUUCCAAAAAAACAUAUCUGCCAGAUGAUUUAAAUGUGUCUAAAAUGUUUAAACUCUUUCAAGAUUGUCAUCCUAAUAUUAGAUGUAGUUUAGAGUCAUAUCGUACAAUAUUUAAUAAAGAAUUCAACAUUUCGUUCGGAUAUCCUAGAACCGAUACAUGUAGUUCAUGUGAUAAAUAUGCUGUACAGAAAAAAUUCCUCGAAAAACAGUUUGCCGAAGAAAAGGACCAGAAGCUGCAGAUUACUUUUCCCAGUUGCCACACACAUAGAAACAGUAACAACAAAACAUUACCAUGGAACUGCUGGAAACGAUUUUAUUACUUCAAAGACACAUUUUAAACUUGUGAAAUUUGUCAAUUUUA